UCUUCCCAGCCGAAGCGCCGAAGCGCGAGGUGCUCGCCAUUAAACGAUAGUUAGUGGACUUUCAAAUUUAUUGGAGACAUGCCAUUCGCACCGUAACAAGCUGACGCUGCUGUUUCGAUGAUGCCGUUGAUGCACAUGCACGUGAAUGUAACUACUCGUAUGUAACUUGUGGCAACACUUCGCGCUGACGUUUCCUUCGGAGUGAUUCAUUAAGCCGUCUGGUAUCCGCAUACGGUCGAUGAUCUCGAUUAUUCCGAUCGAGCUUGAGUUUCCCCGCGAUUUUUCAACAGCGCGGAAUCGCCAUGUCGGGUGUGCAAUGCGCAUCGUGCAAACGGCACAUUCUAUUUCAACUCGCGUGAUUUCACAGCAAAUUUCCCGGCGAUAAGCUAUGAACUGGUCUGUUAUCGCGGGAUAAACAAACGCGUGUUAAUCCGCACGGUGUGCGACGUUUACGAUAUGUGGCCGCCGGUGAUAUCUGUCGUGUGGGUCAUCGUGUAUAUGUUGCAACGGAAAAUAAUGUCGGGAAAUCAGGAGCAUCAGUCAUCAAGCAAUGCGAAGGGUGAGUCCAAUCGCUUUGCCGAGUAUCAGGAAACCCCUGUGACUAUGGGCUUCACGCAUCGUCCAGCCCGCAAGAACGCAGAGGCUCACCGAGCUCUGGAGCUCCUCGAGGAUUACCACGCUAAGCUGACGAGGCCGCAAGACAAACAGCUGCGAUUAGCCAUCGAGCGCGUCAUACGUAUCUUCAAGAGCAGGCUCUUCCAGGCGCUGUUGGAUAUCCAGGAGUUUUACGAGCUGACGCUGCUCGACGAGUCCAAGUCGGUGCAGCAGAAGACGGCGGAGACGAUUCGCAUCGCGGACAAAUGGGAAGCCAGCGAUGGACCGAUCACGCCGACCUUCGCCCAGAACGACGAUGGUCCAGCCUCCGCCUUGCCGUUGACCCAGACUCUGUCGAACAUUUAUGGCCGCAGGUCGGCCAGUCCCGAUGUUCCAGGCCCCGUAGACGAGACUCAGAAGACGAGAUACGACAACGCAGGGGCGGAGGAACAGUUGCCACCGCCGCCGUCGCCACCCCAGCUGAAAGAGGCAGCCCAGCUGGAUGGAGUCCCCAGACCCAACUCGGUCGAUCGUAUUCUUCACCCUGAUGGCACCCAGCACGUCGGCCACGAGGCGCUCAACAAGAGUCACGACAGCUGGCAGGGACACGAUAGCGACCAGGCACACACUCCUCUUCUCGCGGCCGACACGAAACACGUGAACGGCGACGAUGACUGGGAGUACGAGGAGAUAGUUUUGGAGCGGGGAGGCGCGGGCCUCGGUUUCAGUAUCGCCGGCGGCACAGACAAUCCGCACUACGGCAACGAUACCGCCAUUUACAUCACCAAGCUCAUACCGGGCGGUGCCGCGUCCGCGGACGGGCGUUUGCGUGUCAACGACACGAUACUGCAGGUGAACGACGUGUCCGUCGUCGACGUACCGCAUGCGGCCGCCGUGGACGCGCUCAAGCGGGCCGGCAACACCGUCAAACUGUAUGUACGCCGGCGGAGGCACACGCAGCUGAUGGAGAUCGAAUUGAUCAAGGGAAACAAGGGCCUCGGCUUCAGCAUCGCUGGCGGUAUCGGCAAUCAGCAUAUACCGGGUGACAAUGGAAUUUACGUGACCAAAAUCAUGGAAGGCGGGGCAGCCCAGGUCGACGGUCGUCUGGUUGUCGGUGACAAGUUGGUGGCCGUCAGGAACGCUCUGCACGGCGACAAGAAUCUGGAGAACGUGACACACGAAGAGGCCGUUGCGACUCUGAAGGCGACCCAAGAUCGCGUCGUGCUUCUGGUCGCUAAACCGGAACGUGGAAUGAUACCUCCGCCUCCUCCUCCGAUAGCGUCGGACAAUUCUCUCUCGCCUCAGCCACGCAAGCAGAACGGCUCCGUGUCGGCGCUGGAGAACAACACCGCGGCGCUCCCGUACUCGCAAGAGUCACGCCACGCGUCUUCCCUCGCGCUGCACGGCACCGGGACGCCGCGCGCCGUUUCCCAGGAGGAUGUCUCACGGGAGGUUCGCACGGUUGUAUUGAAUAAAGGUUCCUCCGGCCUGGGUUUCAACAUCGUCGGCGGUGAAGAUGGCGAAGGUAUCUUUAUCUCGUUCAUUUUAGCCGGAGGUCCGGCCGAUCUCAGUGGAGAGUUACGCAGGGGUGAUCAAAUAUUAAGCGUUAAUGGCAUCAAUCUCCGAACAGCUACCCACGAGGAAGCCGCCGCGGCCCUCAAGGGUACCGGUCAGACAGUGACAAUCGUGGUGCAAUACAAACCGGAGGAUUAUAACAGAUUCGAGGCAAAGAUCCACGAUCUUAAACAACAGAUCUCGCAACAGAAUGUGAUGACAGGCACCCUCAUGAGGACCUCGCAGAAGAAGUCACUCUACGUGAGAGCGUUGUUUGAUUACGACCCCAAUAAGGACGAUGGUCUACCGAGUCGCGGCCUGGCGUUCCGCUAUGGUGAGAUCUUACACGUGACGAACGCCAGCGACGACGAAUGGUGGCAGGCGAGGAGAGUCACUCCUCAGGGUGAGGAGGAGGGCCUGGGUAUAAUACCUUCGCGUAGACGAUGGGAGCGCAAGCAGCGCGCCAGAGACCGUUCCGUCAAGUUCCAGGGACACAUGCCGGUUAUUCUCGAUAAGCAAUCGACGUUAGACAGGAAGAAGAAGAACUUCUCGUUCAGCAGGAAGUUCCCGUUCAUGAAGAGCAAGGACGACAAGUCCGAGGAUGGCUCCGACCAGGAACGAACGCCCACAACACCCGAGAAUGAGAACGAUCCCACCCCAUUCAUGCUGUGCUACACCCAGGACGACACUAACACUGAAGAUCUGUCUUCCGCCGCAGGGAGUAGAGAAAUUUUGUAUCGCGUUCAGCUGCCGUAUAUGGAGGAACUCACGUUAGUUUAUCUGGAAAAGGAGGGCGAUGAGCCCAAUGACGAGCUUAGCAGCGAAGAAAACGUGUUGUCGUACGAGGCCGUGCAGCAGCUGACGAUACAGUACACACGUCCGGUGAUCGUCCUCGGACCGCUCAAGGAUCGCAUUAACGACGAUCUCAUCUCCGAGUUCCCCGACAAGUUCGGCAGCUGCGUUCCACACACGACGAGGUGUAGAAGAGAAUACGAAGUGGACGGACGGGACUACCAUUUCGUGGCGUCUAGGGAGCAAAUGGAGAGAGACAUACAGAAUCAUUUGUUCAUAGAGGCCGGGCAGUAUAACGACAAUCUUUACGGGACAUCCGUUGCGUCCGUGCGAGAAGUCGCCGAAAAGGGCAAGCACUGUAUUCUUGAUGUGAGUGGAAAUGCUAUCAAGAGGUUACAAGUGGCACAACUCUACCCCAUCGCCGUCUUCAUCAAGCCGAAGUCAGUUGAGUCUGUCAUGGAGAUGAACAAGAGAAUGACAGACGAUCAGGCGAAGAAAACGUAUGAGCGCGCUCUGAAGAUGGAGCAAGAAUUUGGUGAAUACUUUACUGCCGUUGUCCAAGGUGACACCCCCGAGGAGAUCUACGUGAAAGUGAAGGAGGUCAUUUCAGAACAAUCAGGACCGAACAUCUGGGUGCCCUGCAGGGACCAGCAACUGUGACGUCCUGCCCCCCACGCUCAGCACGGGCCCAACGCUUGGACCCUGCCACCGAGGCGUCAAGCUUAAUUACUCACGAUAAAUACAAUUAAGUAACGCUCCAACGCCCUCUCCCACAUCCUGUCCCUCUCUUUUAUUCCUUCCACUCCCACCGUGUCCCUCCGAUUACCUACGUAGCACAAGGUUCCCCAUUGAGACUCGCGACGUGACGCAGAUCGUCGCGAGGGAUUCGAACCGACAAAAAGAAAAGAAAUACUUAAACCGCGGGUCACACGACAACCAAUACGACCGACCGACCAACCAAGCCUCAAUCACAUCUUUUUCCUCUUCCCAGCUUCCGCGCGAAAAAUCGAUAUAAUUCUAAGUCGGUCAGGACUCACACCCCUCCCCGAACAUGAAAUCCGGUAGAUCGAACGAAGGAUACGAGGGGAGGGGUGUCCCGGGCACGGUUGAGCUUCAUCCUGACGACGGGAAGUCGUCGUAAAAUUCGACGUGACACGGGCGCGGUGGCGCAGAGAGAAAUUUGUAACUUCGUAUCGCAUGAUCGUCGAUUGUUCGUGUGUGAUCGUCCGUAAUUUUAAUUAGAGCAAGCAAGGAAAAGAAAACUGAAAGGAAGAGUAACCUCGCGAACCGGUGGCGUUCUGUAUGUUCGCUCGCACGACUUCCUGGCGUCUCGGGCGGUCGCGCAACGCCACCGGCUCGCCGCCACCUCGUUCCUCGGAACAAGCCCGACCGCGCCGCCAACUGGCGCUUGUUCGGUCGCGUAUAUUCGGUAUUUUUUAAUGUACUUAAAAGCGCAGUCAGCGUCGCUGCGAGAACGAGCCCGACGGGCGAGAAAUCGAGAGAAAGAAACGACGGUACAACACGACUAAGGAGGAGGAGGAGCGCGCGGAUACUACCAGUAGUCUCUAACGCGGAAUGACGUUGUGUAUGUUAACGAACCUCACGAUUACAAGAAAUACACGCAAAAUGAAAAAGCAGAAAAAAAGAGAGGAGAAACCUCACGGGACAAAUCUUUAGAUGUUAGACACAUAGCGAUAUAUAAUGUUUUGUACAGCUAGAUGACUAAGCCAGUAAUUGGGUUAUGUGCAACAUUAUAUUUGCGUGGAGGUGACGCAACAGGACGGCAGGAAGUUGUGUGGAGAAAGACGUGCACCAGAUAGAAAGAAAGAGAGAAAGGAAGAACACAAAAAAGCAUUAUUGUAAUUUAAAUAUCACUACUAAAUUAUUACUACGAUAGUAGGUAUGUAUUAUUGUAAAUACACAUAAAUUCGCGUGCGUGUGUGUGUCGAGACGGACCGCGGGAAGAAGAAGCGAGAAAAGAGGGAGAGCCCGAAGAGGGGAAGUCGCGCCCUCGCGCGCGUUUCUCUCGGCUUCGCGACGAGACGACGACGACGACGAAUCGUCACGGGCGAUCCGCCGAUUUCGCUCCGGUUAAAAUCUCCGGCGUGAAUUAGAAUUUACGCCGGAGAUUCACAGGCUGCUCAUUAAAAUACGGAAAAACGGCUCGUUUACGCCGCCUCGUAUCAACGUGCAGCGCUGGGCACCGGAGGGAUCGGUGGUCCGGCUCGAUGAGACGUCGUGAUCCGGCUUGCGCGAAUCUUCGGCGGAACCGGUGCGACUGGUUGCGGAAAGGGAAAGGAGAAAGAAAGAGGGAAAGAAAAAAAGACGGAAAACCGACGCUCGAUGCGAUGUACUUAUGACGGUCGAGGGAGAAUCACGUAAGGCGCAAACGGACGAAGGGCACCGCGUGAAAGAGAUAGAGAGGAAGAAAAGAGAAAACGCAAACUCGAUCGGAUUCUAAUAGCGGAUCUGGCACCGUUUCGCCGGUGCAAUGAGAGCGCGCGAACUUUCGAGAGAUUUUUUCACCCGGUCACUCGCGCAGACCCGAGUGGCAACUCCGGAUUACGUAAAGAUACCGCCGCCUCCCUUCACUCUGCUUUUUUAGCUUUCAUUCGUUCACGGGGCCACGAGAAUGCGCGCGCUAUCGCGUGCCAUCGCGCUGCGGCACUUUGUCCGCUUGCUCCUUCCGUUUCCGUGUAGCAUUAAUCGCGCAAACGUAUAACGUUAGAGAACCCUUCCCCUCCCCCUUUGAUGGAACGCACGAGCAGGAGAAUCGAAUUGCUGUAUCGCGAGGUGCGUCAUUGCAGCAAUUUAAUUGUAAUAUAGCUGUAUCUGCAUGUAUAGCUGUCGUGACACGGUGACGUUUUGUCGCGACCACAGAGAUGAGACGAUAAUGACGAUGACGACGAUAAUGAUGAUAAUGAUGAUAAUGGCGCUGAUGAUGAUGAUAAUGAUGACGACGACGAUGAUGACACAGGCCAGCGCGAGCGGGCCGCGAGGCCCCGACACGCGAUGAUCGCUUCUGUCACCCGGAGUAGAACCGAACGUUUCUUUCCUCCCCCUCCCAUCCCCUUCCUCCUACCCCGCCCUCCCCCUUAUUUCGUAGUAAUGUUUACGCAGGGAACGAUAAUCUCGCGCGGACGACACGCUUUCGAGCUAUUUUUUCCUACCGCGAGUCCUAGAAUUAUUAUUAAGCGCGCGACUGCGAGAUGGAGCGAGUACGUGUGACGAGGUACGAAGCGAGACGAGCUUCAGCUUGUGCCUGAAGGACGGAGGGCCUGGCUUCGCCGAGUUGAAAGACGUCUAUCUCGAUGUAAAAGACCGUAUAAAAGAGAAUAAUUAUCGCAGAUACCUAUUAUACACCUCUAUAGUCUAUUUAAUAAUAUUACUUAUUGAAUUGUCAAAAUCUCAUGUUCACCUUGUUUCAUCGUUUUUAAAUAGUUAAUAAACGUUUUACCAAUUUUAA